AUGCGAUUUUUAGAUGACACGGGCCAGGCCCAUCGCAAAUUAGUGCUCUGGAGAAAUCCGCAGAAGGCGGCCGAUUACGCGAUAUGCGACAGUAUCGAGCUGUGGCAGGGCUACAUAGUGUCGGAGAGCGGCGUCUUUGCCGUUGACGAAGACUCGUACUUCAACCACCUGUGCGUCUCAGAGCAACCGGUGCUGUACACUACAAACACGUUUCUGACCAAGAUAGGCGUUCCAAGAAUGCCGAUUUUUGAGGAGAGCUGGAAAGAGUACGUGGACGAACAGAACACGUCGCCGUCUGUGGUGUUUCGCGACUCCGUAUACCCUACGAUCUUUGUGAUCAGCACGGCUGCUGUUUUCGCGGUGUUUCUCACAGCGAUUCUUUUCAACAAGCAUCACAUCAGGUCUCUGAAGCCGACCUGGAUCAUGAAGAUAUCAACCCUGCUCGCUACCGGACAGCUGAUGGCCAUCUACAUCUACUCGCUUAUCUACCUGUCCAGACAGAACGCCAAAGGACACGUUUCGGCUUUGGAGCUGGUCGAAUCCAUCACCAAUUCGCUUGGCUUCAACAUCGUGUACAUUAUAAGCUACUUUCUGUUGCUUCUGACGCAGAUCGAGGUGAUCAAAAAAAUGUUCUCUCGAAAAAGAGAACGGCAGCUGAUCUUGGUGGUCGGAGUUAGCCUUGCAAUCAUCUCGCAAAUCAUCUGGGCAGCCUCAACGCUGGCGUCCAAGGCGAACAGCUCUGCAGACGAGAACAUCGCGCUUGUGAUCUUACCCGUGGUGAUGUAUCUGCUGCGAAUAUCGCUCUCGGUGCUAUACGACUGUCUCUUGCAAGUGUACGCCAUUUCCCGCAAAGACCUUGCUUUCAAGCCAACCGUGCUGCCCCUGACGUUGCUCAUGGAGCUCUGCGCAAACGCGGCCGUCGCAUUUUACAUCGCCGACCUGGCCAACCCGUGGGUCAGUCGGCUCGCCGAGAUAUUCAACAUCACCUGCUCGCUGCUCGUCAACGUGGUCACCUGGGAGUGGCUCAACCGAAUGUACCAGCUGGACAAAUUCCGCCAGAAACAGGGAGUGCUGGGUCGCCAGCUGUUUGAGGAGACAGACUCGCGAUACUCCAAGCGGUUCAAUCUCAAGCCGAAAUUUGUCAAGUUCAAGAAGUCGCUGAAAGAAAAAGAACUCCACGCCACCGCUUCCAACGCGUACCUGCCGGACGACGUGUACAUCUACAGUCCGAAACAGAUGAUCGUGCCUCCAACCUCGUUGGUUUCACGGCCAAUUCUCCGUGGGGACAGGAGAAGAGACCCUGUGGUGCACGAUAUCCGCCAAAUCUCGCAGGUCGAGCCGGAGUCGGAAGAAGACUCUGAAGAGGAGCGACUACUGAGACGCAUUCGAGCGCAAAACGAAGAACAUGUUUAA